UGCGGCUUAUCCUGACGUCACGUCCCAGAGACACGCCCCCUGCUUCCUUGCCGUUUGAAAAGCCUCGUCAAAGCGCCGCUGUAGAGAGAUGGCAGCUGCGGGUUUUGAACCCGGUGCCGGGCGGGGAAUCAUGGCUGCAGAACAAGAGGCUGAAGAAACUGUUUCUCAAGAGCUGCACAGCGCCUCUGAGCUGAGGAUCGUGCUGCUUGGGAGAAGAUGGGCUGGGAAGAGUGCAGCAGGAAACACCAUCCUGGGCAGAGAGGAGUUCAGAUCAGGACUGAGGUUCUUUACAACAGUAACGAGGGAGUGUGAGAAGAGAACAGGAGAAGUGUCUGGGAGACGGGUCACUGUGGUCGACACUCCAGACUUGUUUCACACAGACCGGGUCGAGAUUGAGAGAUGUGUUUCUUUGUCUGCCCCGGGACCCCACGCUUUCCUCCUGCUGAUACGGGUGCAUUCAAAAGAAAUGAUUGACACUCACCAUGAGUCUAUAGUAGAACGGUAUUGCGAAUCCUUUGAUAAAGUGCAGGAGCUGUUUGGUGAGAGAGCUGUGAGGAACACGAUGAUCCUUUUCACCCGUGGGGAUUAUCUGGAAGGCAGGACGAUUGAGCAGCACAUUGAGGAAGCUGGUGAGGAGCUCCAGCAGCUUGUUGAGAAAUGUGGGAACAGGUAUCAUGUUCUCAACACUGAGGACAGGAGCGAUCACACUCAGGUCAGACAGCUCCUGGACAAGAUAGACAACAUGGUGAAGGGAAGUGGAGGCUGCUACCUCCCAAUAUCAUCUGAGGUUUACCAGGAGGUAGAAGAAAGGAUUAGACUAAAGGAACAGGAGCUGAAUGAGAAACACAAAGAGGAACUGAGGAGGAGAGAAGAGAUGAAACAGAAAUAUGAUGAGGAACAGAGGAGGAGAGAAGAGGAGAUGAAACAGAAAUAUGAGGAGGAACAGAGGAUGAGAGUAGAGGAGCUGAUGGAGAAGUUGAGGAAGCAAAUGAAGGAAGAGGAGCUGGAGAAAGAGCCAGAGGAAUCCAAGCUGCCUGUCAGGAGAAGGAACAGCAUUGAUGGAGAGCGUCCCAACUUGUCUGGAGGUGAAGGAGAGGCUCCCCUUGCAGAUACCCAAGCGCCUCCCAGCCCCCCUGAGCUGAGGAUGGUGCUGCUUGGGAAGACUGGGGCUGGGAAGAGUGCAGCAGGAAACACCAUCCUGGGCAGAGAGGAGUUCAGAUCUGAAGCCAGCUCCUCUGCAGUAACGAGGGAGUGUGAGAAGAGAAAAGGACAAGUGGCUGGGAGACGUGUUGCUGUGAUCGACACUCCAGAGCUCUCUCAGGACAAACUCCAGAUUAGGAUCUGUGUUUCUCUGUCUGCCCCGGGACCCCACGCUUUCCUCCUGGUGAUACCGGUGGGCCGAUUCACAGAGGAAGAGAGGAGAGCAGUGGAGACAGUCCAGGAGAUAUUCAGUGAGGAGGCUGUGAGGAGGUACAUGAUGCUCCUUUUCACACACAGUGACAAACUGAAAGGCAAGACCAUUGAGGAUUAUAUUCAGACAGGCAGCAAGGAGCUCCAGCAGCUUGUUGAGAAAUGUGGGAACAGGUAUCAUGUUCUCAACACUGAGGACAGGAGUGAUCGCACUCAGGUCAGACAGCUCCUGGACAAGAUAGACAACAUGGUGAAGGGAAACAACGGCAGCUACUACACCAGUGAGAUGUACCAGCAAGCAGAAGCAAAGAUCAGACAAAGACAGGAGGAGAUAUUGAAGGAGAAGGAAGAGACGAUACUGAGGGAGGAAGAGGAACUGAGGGAAAAGCACCUGAAAGAACUGGAGAACACGAAAAGGAAGAUGAGAUUGGAAAUCCAGAAACGAGACGAGAAGAUCAGAGAGCUGGAGGAGAGGAUAGGAGAGCUGGAGGAAGAGCUGAGGAAAGAACAGGGAGAGAAUCACAGGAUCAAACUGGAGGAAGAGCUGAGGAGAAAGAGAGAGGAGAGAGAAAGGGCAGAGCGAGAGAAGGAGGAUUGCAUGGAGAAGGGGGAGAGAGAGAGGGGAGAGUACGAGGAGAAACACAGGAGAGAGAUAGAGGCAGUCAGGCAACGCUACCAGGAAAUCCUUAGACGAGAAGCAGAGAGAGCCAAUGAGUUUAUAAGCAGAUAUGAAAAGCCAGCUGAAGCGAGAGGAGAAAGGGCAGCACUAGGGGCAGUGGUGAGUACAGUAGCAGGAGCACUGAGAGAAGGGGCUGAGGUAGGGGCAGUAUUACACACAGUAUCCAGAGCAAUAAGAGAAGAGACAGCGCUAGGGGCAGUAAUGCACGCUGCAAAGGAAGCAGUAAGAGAAGGAGCAGCUCAAAGGGCAGUGAUCAGUGCAGUAGCAGCAGCACUGAGAGAAGGGGCUGCGAUCGGAACAGUAUUACACACAGUAGCAGAAGCAAUAGAGGCAGCACCACAGGAACCCAGUCAAGAGCAGUGAGACAGGGGGUGGGGCUAUU